AUGGGCCAGCCAGCAGCACGGCUGGCGCCAUGGCUGACACUGGCAUGUGUGGUAUCCCUCGCAUGGGCAAAACCGAAGCCAUUCAACAUCAAUGACGAUAUCCUUGCUUACCCCCAGUAUCAAGUGACCUUCCCCGAAGAAUACAUCCUGGAGCUACACGCCGAACCUCUCCUCCGGUCUCAGACCAGCCCCGAUGUUCGGGACCAGAAUAACCCCCAGGUCUACACGGGCAAAGAUCAAGCUGAUCCCACCGACCAUUCCCAGACGGUCGAAUCUCCUUAUACAUACGAAGAAAUGAUCCUCGAGGACCGGCGACUUCUCUGUCAAAUCCCACGGGUGACACCAGAUGAUCACAACUCAACAGCAAAGGGGGAUAACAAGGCCGAGCAGCAAAAGGAGCUAGCACGUGCAACCGAUCGCGGCAUCGAACUGCUCCGUGAGAUGGAAGGACAGUGCAUGUAUUACUUCUCGGGCUGGUGGUCUUAUUCCUUCUGCUAUCAAAAGCAGAUCAAACAGUUCCACGCUCUUCCCGCUGGUCGUGGCGUCCCCUCAUAUCCGCCCAUUGAGGAUAGUACUACGCAUUCUUUCGUUCUAGGGAAGUUCAUCGAUGAGAAGGAGGCAGAAAAGCCCAAAAGUUCCCCCAAAACAGACGUGGCUGAGCUCCAUACGAAGGGUGGUUCGCGGUACUUGGUGCAGCACCUCCGCGGUGGCACCAAGUGCGAUCUGACCGGCCGCGAGCGCAAAGUCGAAGUGCAGUUCCACUGCCACCCGCAAUCGACAGAUCACAUUGGGUGGAUUAAGGAAUUGACCACGUGCUCUUACCUAAUGGUCAUCUACACGCCCCGUCUAUGUGACGACGUCGCUUUCCUCCCACCGCAGCAGGAUGAAGUGCACAGCAUCGAAUGCCGGGAAAUCCUGAUGCCCGAAGAGGUCCCCGAGUGGGAAGCCAUUAAAGAAUGGUACACAACCAAUCAGUUAGCCGAAGCUGCAGCAAGUGCUGAUGCUACUCAACCCGAGCUUCCAAUCAUCGGCGGGAUCGAAGUUGGCGGCCGCAAACUGGUUGGCAUGGAGGGCAAGGUCAUUGAGAAGGGACGCGUGGCAUCCACUGGCGAGGAGCGAGUGGAUGUUGUUGCGAAACGGAUUAAUGGCGAGAUUGGCAAGAUGUCCAAGCAGAUUGUCAAGAAGUACGACCUUGACCCGGAGAAAGUGGAAGAGAUGAAGAAGCUACUGGAGGAACAAGCCGAUGGCAAAGAUUGGACACUAGAGGUCGUGGAAAGCAACGGUGUGAUCAAGUUCCAGGGUGUGCUUGAAGAGGACGAAGACGAAGAUACCCAAGAUUCGUCCCAAGAGAAACCAAGCCAAAAACCGGCCGACAAGCCAAGGCCCAAGCAAGAUGAACCCCAGACGCCCGAACGCAAGCCCGAACGCAAGCCCGAACGCAAGUCCAAAGAGCAGACAGAUUACUCGGAGGAGCCAGGAAGCGAAGAAACGUUCAAAGAUGAGCUAUGA